AUGGCUGAUGUUGAUGUUGAUGUUGGUGAGGGCAAUGAGCCCACGCUUGAUGUCGAUCUCCUGUCCGACGAUGAGGAUGAGGAGGAGGAGGAGGAGCAUGAGAUCACCGAGGUUGAUGACGACACUCCCGAAUACGAUGAGAACCUCCCCCCUGAAGAUCAGCUGAUGGAUUUCAGCUAUGCUGCCAUCAAGAUUAUCCGUUGUGACUUCCUCGGAGAGUUCGGAGCGGCUGAGAAAUGCUUGAUUGAUGGAGAUGCGCUGGUGGCCAAAGCUCUUUCAGAGUCGCAUCUUGAUUGGUCUGCUGGAGGUCAGAGUCUUCCCAUCGUGCACACCUUUGAGAAGAUUCUACAUGACCUGAGCAUCCGAGGAGCAAACUUCUCUUUGUUCUUCUUCAAGUCAAACUCGUGCUUGUGGAAACGCCUGGCCCCUUCCGCCCACGCGAUGCGCGAGAUAAUUAUCCAGCACCUCCUUGUAGUUAACAAGCUGCAGCAGAUACAGUCGAAACCGCCUGCUGUUGAAUUGUUCAUGCUAGAAGGCGCAUGGUGGGGUGAUAAGCAGGACUGGAACGACAUGAUCGACCACGCCAGCCCCGCAUACAUUAUGACUGACUUUGGCUGGAAAGGGAUCCAAGAUCGUGUAGUGCUUGCCAUCACCAGAGGCUUUGUCCACUUCGUCCACGGGUCUCAUCACCAAGUCGUCACACUCGCUGACUUCGAAGUGGAGGGAUCUCGUACUAUGAGCAACAACAUGCAGCCUCCAAGACUUCCAUACUCCCGCGAGAAGAUCUCAAAAGCGCUUACUAAGCUUAUUGCGAAGGAGAGCGAAGCGUUGAAAGCAGUCUCAACAUCCGAUCAGGAUAUCGGUGCGAUCGAAAUCGUAGAACAAAGUCUUCGAGACACUCUUGCCAUCGCUGCUCUCAAGGCAGCUGCAAAGAAGGAGGUGGGAGGCGACCAGACGAAAGACAUGAUUGUCACUUUCUGCUUGACUCUAGCCAUGUGCAAAUAUUCCUCUCUUAAGGAGCGUUCUCUUUCGUUUUCUUCUGAUAUGAUUGAGAAAUGGCGCAGUGAGAGUGACGGCUGGGGAACAACAGCAAACUCUUUCCUUGAAGCGAUGUUCAGAACGAUUGCUUGUUGCCUGGAAGAUCCACAGACCGCUGGCAAAACAGGAAAACUUCUUGCAGCAGUUUCGAAGGAAAGUGACAAUCGCUUGGCGGACAUCGUUGACGGGCGUAUGUUUCAUGCGCUCCUUGCGCGCACAAUGGCUGAAGGCAAUUUGAAGUUGAAUGCUAACGUGUCAUCGUACGCUCAGAAGCUGAUUGACUUGAUCUAUCCUGGAGGUCAGAUUCAGUGCGGAAAGAUGGUCAGCUCUGUUUCAGGGCAGGCUGCCAAUGCAAGCAAAGAGUUCAUUUUGGCGAUGGUCGCAGCUGUUUCAGCUCGUAGCCAAUCGUGUUCAAACACUCUCUUGCCGUUAGAUGGAAAGCAUCUUGUCAACAUCGUGCAAGGAGAUCUUGCAUCUGUUAUGUCGGAUCUAGAGAACAAGAACUUUGACCACAGCAAACACGUGCUGGGCAAGUUCCGUGAUCGUCGAUACAAGGACGUGGAGCCAUUAGGGGAUGAACCAGAUCCCUACACCUACAGGACUUCUGAGGAAGAAAUUGUGAUUAAGAAAGUGAACAAAUGGAACAACGCUGCUCGACAAGCUCAGCUCAGCGCUCGCUUCUCAUCAGGAUACAUAGAUUCUUUGUUGCUUGGUACUCCGUUGAAGCGGCAAGUGAUCGCGCAGCCACUGACUAGUGAGGAGUUUGAACGCCGUAAAACUACUGCGAAAGAGAGGCUGGUGAAAGAUGCUGAGAUGGAAAGACGAAUGGCAAAGACAGGAAAGGAUCCCUCCGAGAAAGCUGACAGUGCCAAACCUGGAAAGGAGAAGAAAGAGAAGAAGGGCGGCAAGGGCCAGCAGUCGUCUGGCAAGGCUGAGGCGAUCAAGGCUGAGGCUGAGAAGAAGAGGCUGGAGAAAGUGGAAGCCAACAAGCGGGCUAACUUGGACCACGUGAUCAAGCAUGCGCCUAAAGACCUCAAAACAGACAAUGAGGCGCUUCUGAAGCAUCUUGAGGAACUCAGAGUUUGCGCUCAGCAGUGUAUCAAUGACAGCGCCCCGUCGAUAGCGAUUGAGGCCGAAAUGACAGCUCUUGGGCAUGUGCUUGAGGCCAUCAAACGCGACAAGAAGGAAGACCUGCUCGUCAAGCGGCACAUCAAAAACGCUUUCGUCAUAUUGCAGCGCAUCUUGGUCACUUGCAGAUCAAACGUUACCGGCGAGAAAGCCGACGAUCUUGUCGAAGCAGCAAUCUCCCUAGGAUUUGAUGAUCUUGCCAAGGCUAUUGAGGACAUUGGCAAGGGAGAUGGGGAAGGCGGAGGUGAUGGGAAAGAGAAGAAAGACAAGAAAGAUAAGAAGGAUAAGAAGGACAAGAAAAAAGACAAGGACGAUGACGACAAGAAGUCGAGCAAGCUUCCGAAGAAGCUCGUCCAGCUGCCUGAGCAGUCUGCGAUCCGAUAUCAGGUUGCCGUUGCUCCUGAGCACUUGAGAAGGCCAGCUGGAGUAGAAGGAGACGAACGCGUGCCUUUCAAGCCUGACGACUGGCAGCGAAAGCUGUUAGACAUCAUUGACUCGGGCAACUCAGCCCUCGUGGUGGCCCCGACAGCAUCUGGCAAGACUUUCAUUGCCUACUAUGUGAUGGAGAUGUGCCUUCGAGCAAACGAUACGGAUGUUGUAGUCUAUGUCGCUCCGACAUCAGCGCUGGUCGAUCAGGUUUAUCAUGAGAUUCAAGCUCGCUUCACCAAGCGCUAUAACGGCGACAUGCAUCUUACGGGAAUAUUCAACACUUCUUAUCGGAAGGAGCAUCUCAAGUGUCAGAUUCUGGUCGCUGAGCCGGAGUGCUUGGAAAUUAUGCUGCUGGAUCCUGCCAACUCUGAGUGGGCCAAGGGGAUACGCCACAUCAUCUUCGAUGAAGUUCACUCGGUCGGAAUGGUGGGGGGAGAGAUUUGGGAGCGUAUGCUCCUUUACACCUCCGCCCCCUUCAUCGGCCUCUCCGCUACCCUUGGAGACAUCGGGCGGUUUCGAGACUGGCUGUCGGAUGUGGAGAAGAAGCGAGGGCGGGAGCUACACUUCGUACAUCACAACGAGAGGUACAACGACCUGGCCCCCUUCAUCUGGACCAACAGAGAGAAGCUUGAGGACCAGAUCGUCAUGCUGCAUCCUCUAUGGGCGAUCAACCGGCUGCUGACUGAGAGCAAGAGGUUUGAGUUCCCGUCAGACAUGAAGCUGCUUCCCGAGCACUGUGCUCAGUUGUAUGAUGCCAUGGCAAAAGCGGAUGACAGUAAGGAGCUCAAGGACCUGUCGCCACAAAAGUACUUCCAGAAGCUAUCUGAUCCCUGCUUCAAUAUCAGCAUGAGGGACGCAAGGGGCUGGGAGCUUGAGCUCAAGAAGUACUUCUGCUCCAUGACCUACACCACGCAGAAGAAAGUAUUGCAGGAUAUCAUUCAAGCUACAGAAAACGCAUGCAGCCACAUCGAGACUCAGCUAACGAACAAGUCGGAGAGCAACUACCUCACUGAGUCCAUCCUGCCCAUGGCGAGAUCUCUCCAGAAGGCUGACAUGCUUCCUUGCAUCGUCUUCCACAUGAUCCGUGACAACUGCGUGAGAUUUGCCACGGCCCUAGAGAGCCAGCUGCGCAAGGAAGAGGAGCAAGCGCACCUGGCAGAUGGACAUGCCGAGAAGGUGGCGAAGCAAGAGAAGAAGGUUGAGUCGUUGAUGAAGCAGCUGGAGAAGGAAGGGUGGAGCAAGGACAAGGACUCGAGCGAGGAGAUGACUGAUGAGCAGAAAGAGCUCAUGCAGGACCUCGGGCUUGCCGAAGCGAAGCUGGCGAAGCUCAAGGCUGUGGAUCCUCGCUUUGCUCUGAUUCCUCCUGGUCAGGUUCAGGUGACGCCGGAUGAAGUGGACGAGAUGGUCGCCACCGGGUUCCGUAGGAAGUACUUCAACCCUAAGGAUCCACUGCAUCUCGCGCUGCUGCGAGGCAUCGGAGUGCAUCAUGCCGGACUUUCGAAGAAGUACAGGAGGGCAGUCGAGAGACUCUUCCGCAUGAAGCGCCUGGCCAUUGUCGUAUCGACCGAGACGCUCGCCAUGGGUAUCAACAUGCCAACCAAGACUUCGGUCUUCGCCGGCGACUCCCUGUUUCUCAAUGCCAUGACCUUCCGUCAAAUGGCUGGUCGUUCGGGUCGUCGUGGCUUCGAUCUCCGAGGUAACGUGGUGUUCAUGGGCUUGAGACGCGAGAAGAUCCAGCGGCUGCUGAACUCGGAGCUGCCGUGCCUCUCGGGCAACAUGCUCUUGACCGCUACCUACGUGCUGCGCAUGCUCGUCAAACACGCCAGCAUCCGCACGAUUCAGGAGGCUGAGAUCAUCGCGCAGCGGAAGAAGGGUGAGGGCUUCAUCGACCAGGUGGAGGAUCAGGUCAAAGUGCUGCUGGACGAGUGGAGAUCCACCAAGAGUAUCACUGUCUCCGAGGAGGAGCAGAACAGACUCGCCAAGAUGAGCGACAAGGAAAGGGCGGCCUACAUAGAGCAGCAGAAGAAUUCAGCUUUGACUCACAUCAACUCACGCGAUCUUGUACGUGCGCUCCUCGAAACGCCGGAGUCGAAGCUCGAUGGGAUUUUGCAGUCACUCGUCGACGACAGAUCGCCGAAGCAGAAGCAGCUCAAGGAGUCAGCCCUCGAGACCCUCCGCUUUGCGUCCGCAGCUGCGAAGAAGCUGCAGGAGCUCAUGGUAGCGGCAGAAAAGUCGCAGGCAGCUGACGUUGAAAGGGCUCGAGUGGAUGCCGUGAGGAACCACAACGCUGAGGCCGUCGCGCGCAUGGUCAACAUGCCUCUCUUCUCCCCCAACGGCGCUCUCAUGGCCAAGCAAUACGCCUUCGCCUUCAGGUUUGCCGCUGAGUACCUCCAGCUUGAAGGCUUGCUGGACAGUUCUGCCUCGCCGCGUGACGUGGCGUGCAUCAUGGCGGGUAAGCAACUGAGAGCGGGGGAAGAGGGAGGGGUAAAGGAAGAAACGCUAACGUGGGGGAGAAAAACAGCGCGAAUGACUUGA